AUGCCACGUGAAAAAUCCAAUCUACAAGGCAAAUCCGCCGAACGUCCAUCGUCUCGUGAAGUACAAACAGCAACACGAACAAAUGUAUCAAAUUCCUUUAAUCCGCCUCCUUUCUCACAAUCGAAAUCUCCAUUACCUGCAAUUAAUAGUCAAAACAAAGUUACUUCGAAUUCCAUGGAGAUGUCAAUCCAUGACGAAACUGAUCUUGUCUUACCGACAAAAGUUUUUCAAGCAACAAAGAAAUCGGUUAGAGAUUUAUCACAAGGUCUCUGUUCAUAUUUAUGGUUUCGACGAAUCAAAGAAAUUUUUCUCGUCAUGGGAAAACAAAACGAUGCAUUUACACGAUUUGAUACGGAACUCGCACGUAACGAUAUGAUUCAAACAUGUGAACAAUACUUAGAAAAUGAACGUCCAAAAGUCGGUGGAUCGAAGAUGAGUGAUGCAGAACAAAAGAAUUUAGAUCGAUGGAAAAAUAAACGAUUGUAUGGCGAAACAUUUCGAAUGUCGUACUUUCGAAAAGAAAACGAAUCUGAAGAGAAAUCAGUGAAGACAUUGGUACCAGCAGAACUUUCCACCGGUGAAAUUCCGAAUUUCGACAAUGCCAUUUGGUGGUAUUCCUGUAAUGAAGCUCCCAUUUUCGAUCAAAUGAAUAAUAUUUUACGUUUGGAAAACUUUGAAUUAUUGAUGUGUCAUCGUUAUUAUAUCAGUGAUCUCUGUCAAAUGAUCGAACGAUCUUAUGCACAGGAUAAAUUUACUCAAAAACAAAGGGUCUAUCGAGCUGAUAAAUUAAGUGCCGUUGAUUUUAAAACCAUUCAAGAAUCAAUUACACAAAAAGAUGCUCGAAUUGCUAUCAAUGGAUUUAUAUCCACAUCGCGAAACGAAAAGAUCAGUCUCGAGUAUGCGGCGAAUAAACUGAAGAAACGUAAUGAAGACGUAGUGAUCAUGUAUGAAAUCACCAUUGAUCCGUCAAUACCUUGUUCAGCAUAUGCUGAUAUCCAAUCGAUAUCAUUUCAUCCGAGAGAAGAAGAAAUUCUUUUUAAUAUGGGUUCCACAUUUCAAAUCGAUAGUAUUGAAGAUGAUCAAGCGAAUCCAGAAAUCAAACGAAUCAAAUUAACUGCACGAGAUUUUAAUUUAACUUUACUCGAUGAAAUGAAAGCCAAAGUGAAACAAUCGCCUCAAGCAACAUUGAGUAUUUUACUUGUUCGCUAUUUAAUUGAAUUAGGCGAAGAUCGAGUGAAUAAACGGUAUUUAAAUCAAUUAAUCGAUAGUAAACAAUUAGAAAAUGAUCCUAAUCUUGUCGCAGUUUACAAUUGUCUGGGAACAAUUCAUUUACGCCAAGCGCUGUAUGGCGAAGCAUUGGCAUAUUAUCGCAAAGCACUCAAUGCUCAAGCACGUUUAGAAUUUUCCAAUAACAAUGCCUUAGCCGAAAUCUUCAAUAACAUUGGUCAAUCUCAUUUAGGUUUGAAUCAAUUAGAUGAAGCAAAACAAAAUCUGGAAGAAGGCAUUCGAAUACAAAAACGUGAACCGAAACACGCUCAGCAACAUCUCGCGUCACUCUACUGCAAUUUAGGACAAGUCGCCUAUGCUCAACGAGAUUGGAAUGAAGCAGAAACGAACUUUCAACUAGCUCAUGAUUUAUACAAGCGUAAUAAUAAAAUUUCUCAUGAUGCCUUAGAAAAGCGUUUAUUAUUAGCCGAUCUUUGCAUUGCUUUUGGACAUUUGAAAAGCGUUCAGAAUCCCAAAGAUUCAAGUGAAGCGCACGAGAAAUUCAAAGAAGCGCUGGAAAAUUAUCAAUGUAUUUUACCAUCAUCACAUCCAAAAGUCGCUGAAGCUCAUAUUGAAAUUAUUUGUGAAUAUACUAGAAAUAAAAAUUUUCAAGCGGUGAUCGAUUAUCAGACUAAUGAUCCUCAAUCAUUACUAAACGAUUAUGAAAUGAAAGCAACAACCAGUCAAAUGGACUUAGCUCAUCUCUAUGCACACAUUGGUGCUUGUUAUGCUCAUCGGAAACAGUUUAAUGAAGCCAUGAACAUUUGGAAGAAAAGUGUGGAACACGAACAAAAAGCUUUUCUCGAUGAACUUCUUUCUUCUGCUCGUGUCUCAAAAGUUCAGUUUCAACGUCAUUUAGUAGAAAGUGCUUAUCGUGCUGCAUUUGAAUAUUAUUCAUCCAACAAAGACAAUUCUUCGAAGGAAUUUCUCGCCAUUCUUCUAAGUAAAAUGUGCGCCUACGAACAAGUGAUCGAAACAUUGCGAGGAGAAAGUUCUUUUCUACUUGGACAUGUUUGUAUUUCUCAAGGAAAAAUCAAAGGUAGUAUGGUCGUUUACAAACGAUUAUUAAACGAGAAAAACGCCGAUUUUACAUUGAUGAUUGGAUUACUUUUACGAAUGUUAACACACAAGAAAAUCACUUCCAAUGAUGAACCAAUUGAAGAACUAAAACGUAUCGAUAACUUUUUGGCGGCAAAACGGACUGAUAAUGAAGGCAUGCGUUUACGAAUGAUUAUCAAUGAUUAUCUGACAGAAAAUUAUUUAACAAUGAAAAAUUGCGACUUAGCACGUCGACAUUCUCAACAAUCAUUUGCACUAAAACAGCGUCUUUACUCGUCCCAUCACCCAAGUAUGGCACGAAAUUAUCAAUCAAUUGCCGCUUGUUAUUUCAAAGAAAAUGAUUUCAAAACUGCCGCUCAAUACUAUGAAAAAGCCAUUGAAAUUCAACUAGAAAAUCUACCCAAUGGUCAUGAAGAUAUUCGUUCAAAUUAUUUCUUAAUGGCCGAUUGUUAUUGUCGAAUGGAUAAGAGGGAAUUAGCUAGUGAAUUUUAUGAUUUAGCUCAAGCACCGAAUGAUACUGAAAUGGAAGAAGGAACCGAAGUUGAUCUUGAUGUUAAAGCCGUUCUUCGAAUGAAUUCGAAUUUAUCCGAAGUUUUUGCUAAACAGGAAGAUUUUACAUCAGCCAUCAAUCAUCAACAGAUGAAAAUCGAUGUAUUAAAAGAGAUUCUACCAACAUUUGUUCUUAAUCUAAUUGAAGUUGAUCGAGUCAAUGCAAUGACAUUUGAGCAGUUACAGAAAAUCUUUGAAACUCGUCUUGGUUUAGCUAAUGGAAAUAUCUUCGCACAAGUUUUACGAAAUCUCGUCUUUAUUCAUCGAUGCUUAGCUCGAGCUCUGCUACCCUCCGAUGGACGUACGGAGGAUUCGAAAAAUGCUACUGAUCUCUUUGAAAAUGCCAUUGAAAUUCAAUUGAAAUUAACUCUAUUCGAAAACGAACGGGAACACAAUCUCGCUGAUUCGUAUAAAGAAUUAAGUGAUGCUUAUGAGAAACUUUAUUCCAGUAUGAAAGACACGAUUCAAGAAUGUUUAGUCAAUGCUCUUGAAGAAACAACGGAUGUUGAUCAACAACGAUCGUUAGAAUUUCGUCUGGGAAAUCUUUGUUUUGAAGAAGAUGAUUACAGUGAAGCUGAUCGAUAUUGGAAAAAUGCUUUGAAAAAAGUCGAAGACAAUCCAAUAGCGAAGGCUAUCAUCGAGAAAUUAAUUGAAAAGAAUCAAGUGAAUCUAUUGGAAGAAAACAGCGAAGGAGAAGAUGAAGAGCAAGAUACUCAGGAUGAAGAAGAGACAUUAUCUCGUGUUCAAUCCGCUCAAUCUCAACGUCGUACAUCAGUAAAAUCGAUCAAUGAGAAAGAGAAACCAGAAGAACUUGUUCGAGCUUAUUUAUAUCUAAACGAUGAUACGGCUGUAAUGAAACAUUUACAACGAAACGUUUCGAAAUUGGAUGAGUUACUCGAACCAACAUGGUCGACUGAGAUUAACCUGUCAAGUGAACGAUUACCGAUGAUCAAAGUGUUUUUCUUCUUACUCACGGAAUGGAUCAAUACUAAUGGUUCCAACUCAUCUCGAUCGAAAGAAGAUCCUAAGCAACUGAAUUGGAUCAAUCGAUUACAAUCAGAUAUUCAAAUAUUUAAAAUCGCUUUGCGGAUGCUGGAUUCAUUCGGUCAGCUAGCAAAAGCUGUCAUCGGCACAUAUCAAACAUCCAAAAUCUUAUACAACAUUCCCGAAUAUUUCGAUCAACUUUUCGAACUUCUUCAUAGUGAUCUCGACAAUCUUCAAUGGGAUGCAUUAGCUAGUCAAAUCUCAUCGAAUGAUCUAAUAAAAUUCUUCAUGGCAGUCGCAGAAUAUUAUUUUUUCACCGAAGAUUUAUCUCAUGCAUUGGAUAUCUAUCGAGUUCUUCACGAUUAUGCCCAAGGUUCCGAAAUUCUCAAAGGUGCCAUUACUUAUGGUAUAUCGGCAAUAUUAGACACGGACAUCAUUGCUCAAGAAGAACAUCGACCCUAUAUCAUGUCUAUUGAUCUUCAAUCAUCCAACCUAUCGAUAUUUGAUCGACUUCUUCUUUGUCGAUUGACUGUUGCUUAUAUGAUCGAAAUCGAAGAUGAACAAGGAACAGCGGAAUUCAAACAAAAACUUUAUCAAUUACAAAAACAAUCUUGGGAAAAUCUUGACUUUUCUACGAUGAAUUCAAUCGGUCAAAUUUUUAGUCAAUUCGAACAGAACACUCUCGCUGGUUUAUAUUGGGAAGAACUACGAACACUUUACAAUGAAAUCCUACCCAUUUCCAUUCUCAAUCGUCUCUAUGAUUCUGAAUCGACAUUUGAACAACUUUAUCAUGCAGUUGAAGAGAUUAACAAUGAUCUGUUCGAUAAUGUUCGUUCUUUAGCUGGAAGCUAUGAAACGAAAUCAAUCUAUGAAGAAAAAGAUCAAUGUCUUUCCGAUGCCAAAUCAUCAUUGGAACAAGCUAUUGUGAUUUAUAAGAAAUUUGAUACUGUCAAAGCUCAACAAUUACAAAUGAAAGUCAAUCAAUUCAAUGAUCAGAACUCAGAAUUUCACUGA